AUGCCGUCGCGCCGCCGGGGAGCUUCGGGCUACCGCGGCGUCCGUGUGCGCCCGGCCGGCACCUACUCCGCCGAGAUUCGGUCCGGCGACGUGUGCCUCGGCCUCGGCACCUUUGACAGCGCCCACGAGGGCGCCCGCGCGUAUGACACUGCGGCGUGGCGCCUCCGGCGGUCCCGUUGGGACAUGAACUUUCCGGACGUGGCGACGCGGGAGCGGGUGCAAAAGUUGGCGCUGCCCCGCGGCUUAUCACCGACGAGGAUUGCCGCGAGAACCGGAGGCGGGAGCGCCGUCUCAGCCUAG